ACGACCGCCAGCAGCACACCAGCCAUAGCACUGCGGUCAUUCUGCCUGGGAACCGUGUGUAAUCACUGGCACUUCUCUGAUUUAAUUCUGUAAAAAGUGAGCGUCGGCGACUUCACGAUGGAAGGCGAAGCAUCUGGUCCUGCGGGAGAAAAUAAUGACAGACACCCCUGGCCGUAUCUGAAGGAGAUGUUUAAUUUCCUUGGAGACAAGGGGUCGUCCUAUCUCAUGGAAUGUAUCCUUUGUUUACCCAAAAUAACGGAGAUAUUGGCGUUUAAGAACUCGCCAUCGAACUUGAAGAAGCAUGUUGAGAGAAAGCAUACACAUCAUGUUCAGAGAUAUACAGAAUUGACAUCAAGCAAGCUGAAGAGAAAAUGGUCAGAGAUGGAGACUCCCUCCACCAGCGGGCAGACAUCACUGUUUGACUCCAAGCAAACAUCAAUUGACAAAGCUGUGAUGAAGUAUGUGGUCCAAGGGCUGCAGCCAUUUUCUCUUGUAGAGCAAGAACCAUUCAUAGAGUUUGUCAGAGAACUGCAGCCUAAUUCAAGCAUCAUCUCACGGCCCACACUGUGUUCCAUGAUUGAUAUUGCUGCUAAAGAAAUGAAGAAAAGGGUGACUGAGGCCAUGAGAGGAGUUGAUCACGUUGCAACCACCACCGACUGCUGGUCGAUCAGAAGACAAAGCUUUAUUGGUGUUACAGCCCACUGGAUAGAUCCUGAGAGUCUUAACAGAUGCUCAGCUGCCCUUGCCAGCAAACAGUUGAGAGGCUCUAACACAUUUGAUGAACUGGCAAGUGCCUUAAAUGACAUCCAUUCUGAGUUUGAAAUCCAGGGAAAGAUUGUUGGAACAACGACAGACAAUGGUUCUAAUUUCUUUAAAGAGUUCCAGGUUUUGGGUGAGAAUGAAAAUGGCCAAUCAGUUGGUGGUUGUGAUGUAGGUCUGCCAGGAAAUGAAGAUAAUUAUGAGGAAAAUGAAGAAGUAGAGUUUAUUGAUGUCACAGCACUCUUGAAUGAAGACGAUGGUUCCCAUUACCAGCUACCAAAACACCACCGCUGUGCAUGUCAUCUACUUAACCUUGUAAGUACGGUUGAUGCCACCAAAGCAACAUCCAGCGAGGCUUACAAAAAAUUGUACCAGCUAACAUUUGGCAAAUGUUACAGACUUUGGAAUAAGUGUGGAAGAUCCACACUAGCAGCUGAAACCAUUCAAGAUGCUUGCUCCCUCCAGCUGCUGCACCCAAAUGCCAGAAGGUGGAACUCCUUGUUCCUGGCUGUGGAAAGACUACUGAGGAUAGUCACAGCCAAGGGAGGGGCAACUGGUAGAUCCAUCUGCACAGAUCUGCAGGUUCCAAUGUUCAACCGAACUGAACUUGUAUUCCUCAUGGAAUAUGCCACCGCUAUGAGUCCAGUUGCCCAGGCCGUGAACAUAUUGCUGGCUGAUACAAACACUCACAUGGGGUGGCUACUUCCAACAAUCAACCAGCUGAUCGUCAAACUUGACGGAAUCAAGUUGUCGUUGAAGUAUUGUCAACCUCUGGUGGAUGCUCUAAAGCUGGGUAUUGAGAAUCGUUUCAGCCACAUGCUAAGAAAUCCUGAGCUGAUUGCAGCUUCCAUUCUUCUUCCCAAGUUCAAAAUGGAAUGGACAAAGGAUAAAGCCACAAUCCAAAUGGGCAUUGAGUACAUAAAGGAGCACAUUGAAGAACGCUCACUGCAGCAAGGUGAAGCAAACAAAUCCGAUCAGGUUGAGGACAAAUACUCUUCCUCCCUGAAAUCGUUUCAUACACAAGAACACUCCAAGCAACUGGAAGGAUACUUGGCCUCUUCAGCAGAUAACGUGAGCUUGCUCAGGUCUUUUCCAGCUGUCUGCACAUUGUUUGAGAAGCUGAACACACCCUUGCAUUCCUCUGCCACCUCUGAAAGGCUCUUCAGCAUCGCAGGACUUGUCUCCAGCCCCAGAAGAACAAGCCCGGAUUCUCACAAUUUUGAAAACCAGCUUCUACUAAAGUUAAACCACAAAUUCUUCAGCUUCACGUAAUGAGAUAAUUGAUACUUAAUUUAAGAGAUGGAGUGGAGCAAGCAGGGUGGUAGGAGGAAGAGAUAAGAAGGGCAGGAACAGGUUGAAAGGGAGGGAGGGAGAGCUGGAUGGGUAUGGAAGGAUUAAGGUUAGAGUGAAAGAUGGGAGGGGAGGAAGAAUGGAAGGAGUGAGAGAUGGAAGGAAGAAGACUAUAAUGAAGGGAAAGGAAAAAAGAGUGAGAUUAAAGGCAGGAAUGGAAUCGGAGAGAAAAAUGGAGGGAAGAUAGAAGAAAGGAAGGCAAGAGGGAGAGGGGAAUCGAGUGGUUGUGCCAUUUUCUUCCUGACCUAAUGUCUUUAUGAUUAGUGACAUAUUUCUUCCUUCCAUUUUUUACCGUCUUUGAUCAGCUUCAGAAAAAGCUGUGUCUUUUUAUGUUUGUUUGGUCUUUUUUUUAACUGGUGGGUGUACCCAAAAUAUGUAUUUUUUAUU